CACACUCACACACACACACACACACACACUCUCUCUCUCACACUCACACACACACACACACACACACACACACACUCUCUCUCACACACACACACACACACACACACAUUGUUAUGGUCACCUGUCGGCUGUUUGGAUAUUUUCCUUCAGAAACACUUAGAGAGAUUUUAUCUUCCUCUGUUCACCGUGAACUCGUGUCUGGAUGUUUCCAGUUCUUAUCGCAGCCACACUGAAACCUCAGGGAUCAGUUUUCUAACAGCGUGUGUGAAGCGUGCUCGGCUGUAUUUACUGUAUUACUGUUAAAUGUCAUUUUAAACCUUUAAGAUUUCAUUCAGUUAUAUUGUUCACAUAUUUAACAAUUUAUGAUAAAAACAUUCACAAACACUCAAUUUAUCUGUGUUUUUAUAUCAGUAAUCAAUCAUUGUAUAUUUCUGUGAAACUAAAUGUGAUGCGUGUUUAUGUCAGCAUGAACUAACUGAUUUCAACCAAUAAUAUCCUGAUACUCACCCGUCAAUCAAACACUCACUGAUUACUGUACAAACACACAACUUUAUCUGUUUGGUUGAAACUGGAUCAGAUUUCAUGGAGAGAAUAUUAACUGCUAAUGUAGCUGCUACUCUGAAACAAUAAAUAAAUAAAUGUGUGUAGAGUUUUGUCUUUAGACGUCGUUGGACAACAAACUAAAGUUAUUUUCAGACUGAAACAAACGAAACUGAAACGUAGAGAACUGAAUGAACUCAAACAGAGUUCAGGUUCACUUUGACUCCUCUGAUCAUUUAAACUGCUGUCGUUAAUAAAUGUGUUUGAAUCUCUGCCGCACCCUCCUCACACGCUGCUGUUAACUCUUUAUGAGCCCAGGAACAACAACAACAACAACAACAACAACAACGUCUGUGGCGUAUUUAAAUCUGCCUGUUAAAGGUCAUAAAACUGAUGAUGAGAUGUGUAAAUGCUGAAGAGGCGUUUUAAAGACGACACACGAUGAAUAAUGACUUGAGGACUGCGAGGUCUUGAUGUUUACUCAGACAUGAAAAGCUGGAUCAGCUCUGAUGUGAUGUGUGUGGAUCCAGCAGAGAGCAGCUAAAGCCCAAAUAAUCCAGGUUUAAACCUGAACCUGGAUCCAGUCCAGCAGGCAGAGACACGAAUGAACCCACGAGAGUCACUGAACCUGAGCCAGUCCUCCAGUGUCUGUCCACCAGGGACAGGGAGUCCUGCUUCAGGUGUCUUCAGGUGUUCUUAAAGCAGUCGGCUGCAGACGUCGGAGCUGCAGGAAGGAGAGAAACCACAAACCCUCUGAAGAGUUCUGAAGAUCUCUGUCAGAUAAAGAGAGAGAAACAGAAACCUGUGGAGAGACUGAAAAAGGAAUAAAACUGUAAGUUUGAAGGAAGAAAGGUGGACGACAGGUGGACGACUGUAUUAUCAUCAACCGAAGACAAAAAGGUUGAAGAUGGAGAGAAUAAUCAGUUUGAAAUAGGAAAUAAAAGCAACAGGUGGAUGUUUCUGAGGACGGUGGAGAUCUUUUAUUUUUAAAGGAUCUUCCUGAAGAGAGGAGGAUGAAGAGAGGAUGAAGAGAGGAUGAAGGAAGGAGAGCUGGGAGGAAGUUCUCAGGAGAAUAAAGUUCGUCCACAGUGAAGAAACAAAGACGGAGGAAUAAUCAGACGACUUUGGUCUUCGUUGGACCGUCCUGAAUGUUCGGAACCACAGAUCCAGGAUCAGAACAGAGCCGGCUGGAUUAACCUCUGACCUCUGACCUCUGACCCAGACGUUUGAAUAAACCCUGAAGAAGAGAAUCAGAGUGUGAUUGGUCGCUGCCGCUGGUCGUCUUUAAGCCGGAGAAUGAGGGCGAGCGACGGAGGUCAAGAAGCAGACCGGUGAGGUGGAAUCAAACCCACGUCGUUGGCGGUACGCAGGCGUGAUGUUGGCGUGUCACUCCCUGCUGAUCAUCUGGGUGCUGCUCGCCGCCACAGCCCGAGGCCAGAGCUGGAGACCCUGCACAGACCUGCUGCCUCUGGACCUGCUGGCCAGAGCCUUGCCAAGUCCACGACAAGCCCCGCCCACACAGGUGCAGUUGGUUCAGUCCAGUGGGUCCAGAGGGCUCCGAUUGGCCAGCGCCGUGGCAACAGCGCUGAGUUUCCCCGCCUCCCAAAUCUUCAGCAACUGUGACUUUUUCCCUGCUGAGUUCUCAUUGGUCGCCACCUUCAAGAUCCCGAGACUGAGACAGAAGAGGAACGAGUACAUCUUCUCCGUGGUGGAGGAUGGAUCUGAUCUGCUGUUGCUGGGGUUACGUGUCUCAGAGAACCGCCUCCACCUCCUGGUCACGGCCCCCGGCGUCGGUGGGCGGAUCCGGCUGAGCUUUAAGGACGUUGGACUGGAUGAUAACCGCUGGCACACACUGGUGCUGGCCGUCACCGGACCGCACGCCACCCUAACCAUCGACUGCGGACUCCCUCUGGAGCUUAAACAGGUCCAGUCCUUCCCCAGCACUCUGAGCACCAGGGGGUCCAGGUUCUUCAUCGGCAGCAGGAGGAGGUCGAGGGGACGCUUCUCUGGUUUACUGCGUCAGCUGGUUCUACUUCCUGGUUCAGACGCCACGCCCAGACUGUGUCCAACCCGUGACCCCAGCUUGGCCGAGCUGUCCGUCCCCCAGGUCCUGAAGUCCAUCCCUCUGCAGCCGGACCACCAUGGACCAGUUUACCCGUACGAGGCGGAGGCCAGAGUGACUCUGGGAAAUCCUCCUCAGUGUUCGGGACCAGAACAGGGUCAGCUGUGGUUCAACGCUCAGAGGAAAGGCCUGUUCAUCUGUGACGGAUUCACAUGGAGGACGCUGCUGCAGAAUAAGGAGCGUUUGGAUUACGUGGAGGACUACCAGGAUCUGUACACCAGCUCGGAAACCUUCGACGUUGAGGUCUUCUCCAUCCCGUCUGAGGGCCUGUUCAUGGCUGCAGCCAACAGGGACUCUCGGCCCGGUUCGGGUAUCUAUAAAUGGAGGAAUGGGUCAUUCCAGCUGUACCAGAACAUCAGCACUCAGGAGGCUCGAGCCUGGAAACACUUCACCAUCGACGACAAGAUUUUCCUGGUGGUGGCGAACUCCAAGGAGACGGAGACUGAGCUGUCGGUCAUCUACCGGUGGAAUCAGCGGCGGCGACGUUUCCUCCGUCACCAGACACUGGAGACUCACUCCGCUCUAGACUGGGAGGCCUUUCAAAUCCACAACGACAGCUUCCUGGUGGUGGCCAAUCACAGACGAGACUCCAACCACAACAUCCACAGUGUGAUCUACUUGUGGAACCCAAACACAAAGCUGUUUGAGGUUAACCAGACUCUGUCCACGUCCGGAGCGUAUGACUGGGAGUUCUUCUCCAUCGGACCGUAUCACUUCCUGGUUGUUGCCAACACCUUUGACGGUCAGAUGACCACCAUCAGCUCCACCGUCUACGUCUGGUUGAACGGCUGCUUCCAGACCUUCCAGAGCAUCCCGACGGUGGGAGCGACGGACUGGGAGGCGUUUCAGAUCGACGGCAGGUUCUUUCUCGCCGUCGCCAACAGUCAGAAGUUUUCAGACCACGGUCCGAGUCUCUACAGCAUCAACUCCACCGUGUACGAACUCAACACGCUCACACAGACCUUCAUCCACUUCCAGGACAUCCUCACACACAGCGCUGUGGACUGGGAGUUCUUCACCAUCGGAGAGGAGAAGUUCUUGGUGGUGGCCAACUCUCACGAUGGCAGCUCAUAUUCCCUGAACAGUGUCGUCUUCAGGUGGCAGGGUUCUGAGGGCUUCGUUCAGGUCCAUAGUCUGCUAACGUCGGGCUGCAGAGACUGGGAACACUUCAGCACAGACGAAGGAUCCUUCCUCAUCUACUCCAGCGCCACCUCCAGGCUCAGCAAGGUCUUCAAACUCAGGACCUACUGAAUCUAACUCCGUCUGACAGCUCGAGCUUGAAAUGCUCGGCAGGAAGUUUUUAAACCAUAAAAACUGGACCAUCAUCGGCUCAGUGACGUCCUCAAACUGCAAGUUUUAGUUUUACAUCCUGACGCCAUUUACUCCAACAACUCCUUCACAACUGACUGAAGACUUCAGAGUUAAAUCCUCAGACCUUUAACCUGUGGAGUCCUGAGUGAGCUGCAUUCACUAGCACCUUUCUUAAACUGUUAAAAAGAAGACAUUUUAGAGCAAAGCAUUCUUUAGGAUUGGAUGGUAUCAUCACGUACGAAGGUGUGCCGGUACUUCCUUUCAGGUUUACAACUAUUUAACCUUCUAAAGGUUUUGGUUUGUAGUCAUGGGUCAACGUUUCUUGUUUUCAGCCGAAGAAUCGUUGGAAGUCAGGCGAGCUGUGACCGUUGCCAGGCUGGGAGGUUUCUCACGUCAUCACAAACAUCAACACAAAGGUCCAAAAACCUGAGCAGGAAGCAGACACUGACAUCGGGGUGGAGUGGGUCUCACUUUCAGCCCCGCAGUGAAACGAUGCAGAAUCACCCACCGCAGCAGGAAAAGGUCACCGGCUGCGAUGACAACACACAACGGAAAAAUCAUUUACUUUAUGAAACGAUAUACAGGAACUCUUCAGUUGGAAAUGUCUUGUUGUGAAAUUGAGACGGACGUUUUCAUUCUGAUGUUAUUGACGAGCUCUCAACUGAAUCCUUCCUGUUAUCUGCUCUCUGCACAGCCACCAGACUCCACUGAUAACAACAGUGAAUUCACCUCCAUCAGUCAGUUUGUGUUAUUGUGUGGAUCCAAAGUCAGUCUGGUGGCUGUGGAAAGAGCACAGAUCAAUAUAAAGGCUUCAGUUGAUUUAUUGAUGGAUUUUAUUCAUUGAUUAUCAGACACGGGAAAAGAAACAAACAAAAUCCAAAGGAUGAAAAUAUUAGAGUGACACCAAAAACACAUUUCACAAAACCUAAAAUUCCUCCAUCAAAACAUUUUUAAUUGUUUUGUUAGCAGUUAGCUGCUUUAGUCGCUAACUAUAGCCGCUGUUAGCUGGUUAGCAGUGCAGCUAACUUAUCUGACCUAUUAGGUGACUCUGCCCCGACUGGGAGCUCAGAGCAUCGGGGCAGUGUCGGUGUUUAACGUUGGACCGCCACACGGUCCCUGUCAGUUAGCAGCAGUUAGCAGUUAGCUCACAGCUACAAGUAAAUCAGUGAACUUAGUAAAUCUCUGAGAGUCGAGGCAGAGACGCUGCACGACAUCUGAGGACAAAACAGAAAAUAUACUUUUUCCCUCUCUGAACAACAACUUCUGGAUAAAAGUCUUACAUAACAUGCUAAUUAGCUACAUUAGCUUCCUCCAGUUUGGACUCUCAGGUGAUCAACAGGUGAAUUUAUGAGUCAAAGUUAAACUAUAAGAAGUUACUUUUCUUAUUAUCCUCUAUCGGUACCGAUCGCUGCGAUCCCACUGAACCGAUUUUAUUCUGAAGGGAUUUUAAACGCUGGUGUGAAUGUGGCAUUAGAGGGGUGUAUUUUCAAAAUAAGUGUACACUUUAUUUUGAAAGUUUCUUUGCAGAGCAAAAGUGACUGAAUCAUUUUCACUGUUUUACUUUCAAGAAUUAUUUAAAGUUGGAAACUGGAAGAAAUAUAAUAAGUUUUUAUAAAUGUAAAUAAUUAAUAAGCUAUAAUAAGAUAUUAAGGGAGAAUAUAUCGCUGAAACCAAAGAAAAGCUUUUUAAAAACCUUUUGUACUCGACUGAUUCUGGUUAAAAAUGAAUAUUAAUAUUACUGUAUGUUCAGAUUUGUGUUGUGAAUUAUGUUUAAAAAACUUCUCUGUUCUGUAAUAAUGUUGAUGAGUCAGAUAUUGAUUUAACAGGAAGUAGUUACAGACAAUAAUAACUAUUAAUAAUGAUAUUUAAAAUAUUAUUAAACAAUAAUUUAUUGUUGUGUUUCGUUAUAAAUCUUAGACGACUAAUAUAUUAUUAUCAAUCUAAUAAUAAUAUUAAAGUUAUUUGAAGCAGAAUCUUUGUAUUAUCUGAUGUUGUUUCACUCAAGGAUUUAUUUCCUGCUCCAGUUUGGUUUUAUUUCCCUAUAAUGUCAUCCAUAUUUAUAUAUUUAUACAUCAAUAUAUUGUGAUAA